UUGGGAUGAGUGGAACAGCUAGUUAUCGUUAGCUAAAUAUUUUUUUUAUUUUUUUUCAGCGUGAUAACAAUUUUAUUUGCAGUUUUCUAUAUUUUGUUUAAUAACAAUAUCCGUUUUUGUGUAACCGUGUGUAUUCUCUAAAUCGACGCUCCUUAUUAUUGACUUAUGGCACAUUUUUUUAAGCAAGGGUCUAAACGAAAAACUUCUUUAAGUAUCAGCUGUUGUUUUUAUUCCUGUUAAACGCCCAAAUGUAUUUAAAAUACUCAUAUGUAGUAGUAACUUAAUAUCUAAAUACAACAGAAGUGGUCAUGUUACUGUGGUAACGUGGGGCGUCAGUGUGGUAAAUAAAAAUGAGCGCGCUGGGAUGGGACAGCAGUUUAAGUGCUGUGUUUUGGGACUGCUGUAGCUCAACCCAAGCAAGCUAUAAAGAAGACGCCCGAGUCAUCAUGGAUAACUGUGAUUUAGAGAAGCUCUGUGUUUCUGCUGGGAAGCUCCGUCCAUCGUUCACACCUGAAGUCACAGACUACAAAGUGACUGUGGAGAGCAGCGUCAACGAAGUGACACUGGACGUGAUGACAAGCGAUUGUGGGGCUUCAUAUAGUAUUCUCUUUGGUGAAAGGUCUAACACGAUUACACUGAAAGAUGGGUUGAACAGAGUAGGAAUCGAGGUGGUAGCUGAGGAUGGCACCAUAAAGAAAUACAGUGUGGAAAUCACCAAACUGUCAGCAAAGAUCGCAGAGCUCAGUAACCUGGCUUUGGAAGGAGAUAUUUCACUUCACCCCGCGUUUUGCACCAACGUUUUUGAAUACAAUAAUACUGUUCCCUUUUGUUGUAAUUCAGUGACACUCCUUCCUGAGGUGCCUGACAGAGGCAUUAAAGUUACAGUAAAUGGGGUGAGCAGCUCGGAACCAGUCCCUCUGAAUUUUGGAGACACAGUGGUGGAGAUUUCAGUCUGUUCACCAGAUGGCAGUGUUUCACAGGUGUACAAGGUGUUGGUGACUCGAGAGCUGCUUCCUGUGCCUGUGACUUUCACUGAUGUGAAGCAGCAGCUGGAGUAUGAAUGCCCAGUAUCGCUAAGUGCUUUCUACAGGCCUUUGUCUAUCAAUCACAGUGAACCAAAGAGCAUCUUCUCAAGGCCUUAUAUUGAGAUGCUUGCCCGAAGGUCAAAAGUUGACCCACUUAGUGACUGUCCUCUCGGAGACGGCUGGAAGGUUGUUGAACUGGACCUUGACAAGAAGAUGUCAGCUGCCUUGGUCAAGUGUUUCUUUUUUCACAGAGGGUGUGACACUACGAUGAAACUGUCUGAGCUUGGGUCACACAUUCUGGACUGUUUACAUAAACCCACUGGGGACCUAGAUGCAAAGGAUGUAACAGAGACAGAUUGGUAUAAGAAGCACUUUGAAUCAGCCAAAUGUCUGGAGACAGAGACUGAACACACCUGUGAGAUUCGUAACUGGGAGAAAAGACUACAAAUGACAGCAGCAGAAGACAGUGUUGACAAGUUGUGUGCUUUGGCCCAGGAGCACCUGAAACUCUACAGGCAACAUCUGCCAAAGCCAGGAGACCUGUUGCACCAUGAAGAUGGCCAGUCUCCUCUGCAUAGCCUGGAGCAGGCUGCUGUCCACUAUGCAUCAGCUAUCAGACUUAACUCCAGAGAUGCCAGGCUUCACUUCCAGCUGGGUCUCGUGCUGGAGGAGCACCAUUAUGCUACAGAGAUGUACAGCCUACAGAGGAAGGCUGACAAAGAGAGAGAUGAAUUAAGUGAUGCCAAAUCAACGGCACAUCAGGAUGACAUCUUGGCUGUGUGUAAACUGCACGGUUUCCUUGGAACACCCACAGUAGAGAACCAGCUGCAGGCUCUGGAUAAAGAGUAUCAUCUGCUCAAAGAGCAGGGACAGUCCAGCAAAGCAGACUAUGUUCAGACUCUCUACAUCUGGCUUUCUAAGAAAACUGGCAAGGACAUCAGUGCAACUAUGCAGGAUAAAGAGAGCUAUAUCCACCGAGCCCUUCUGAAGUACCUGGAUGCCUGGUCUCUGUGCCCAGAAAGCUGGGAGUACAGCCUCCAUGCAGGAAGGCUGCUGCUGCUGCAAGGGAGGGAAAGGGAAGCCCUGCUGCACUUUCACAAUGGGCUGGCCCUACGACCCCUACACCCUGCACUCAGAUUCUUCGCAGGCCUGGGUCUGCUACUGCAGGAACAGAAAGCCUCUGAGGAUGCAGAGAAGGAGGCUGCUUUGUUCUUACAACAGGGACUGGAGCACUUUAUCAGCCAGCGCUGCAGCAAGAGCUGGGAGGAGCAGGAUCUAUCGGACCCUCUGUCCAGCCGCAACACACAGUUCCUACGUGGCCUUCUUACUCUGGGGCAACUGCAGCAGAGAAGCACAUUAUGCACAAAGGCCAUGAGUGCUGAACAGGUCUAUCAUAUAACAAAAGUGGUGGCAGGAAAAGGUGGAGGUUAAAACUAAGGAAGCUGCCAAGCAGUCCAUCACCCAACCAGCUGGUGUAAAGGAGACUUGUGACAUCAAAUUGGCAAAAAGAGGAGUGCAGCAGAGCAGGUGAGGUUCUAGGUGUGUAGCAGUAGCUGUAACCAAAGCACCAGCUCCAGCUCCCACCAGGGGAGGGAAGGCUGUCCGGAAUCCAGCCAAAACCCCUGCAGCCAGGGGGAGUUCUGGAGCAGCUGCCAAGCCAGAUAGGGUGAAACUUUCUGGUCAUAACACUAAACCUCAGCUCCCGCUCAACAAGUCUAAACAGGACAGUUUCUCUGAUACUUUGAGGAAAGCUGAGGUUGCUGUGACAGACAAAAUCCAUGAGUCCAGUCUGAUGAACCGCAGAUCUCAUGCAGCAAGACUGGGUCUGGCUCGAGCUUACUCACGAUCUCCAAACACCCAGGACCAAGCAAAACAGCUAUACCAAGAGGUCAUCGCAAUGGCACCAGAGGUCAGUCAUCUUUUAUAUUUGCAUUUUAAAGCGUUUCCCAAAGUUUCACAAUAGCUUCCAGUCACAUUAAGUGAGGAUUUUAUUAACAUGUUCUUUCUCCCACCAACUCUGUGGAAUAGCCACAUGUUCUGCUGUUGGACUAGAAAAUUAAACUAAUAUAUUCAGAUUUUAAAGUCUCGUGCUCAAGACUUGAAAGCGGUUACCCUUUGUUCAUAAAUCUUUGCCUGAAAAAAAGAUCUCAAUUAUGUCUGAAGAAAAUGUGCAGUAUAAUUCAAGACAUUCAAAAUAUGAGGGAGAGAUUCAUAUAGAACUAAUAAAAUGUCAUUAUUUGAUCAUUUGAUUCAAAUUUAGCUGAGAUUUCUGAGAAAAUACUUUCAUACAUCUCAUCUACAGUGAAUAUAGUCAUUCAAGAACAUUUAGGAAAAAGAUUUCCCAUUACAUGUCUUCGAUAUUUAGAAAACCUCUAAAAGUUGUAGUUUAAAUAUUUUUAAAGAGUCUCAUGCUCUUGGUGUUUAUCUGGUUUAAUGCAGUGCAGAUCAAAUAUGAUUAAUGAACUGACUGUUUAGAUCCAUGAUGCCUACAUUGAGCUUGCGCAGCUGCUGGAGCCAUCCGACCCUCAGGCUGCUUUGGAUGUAUACUGCAAAUUCCCUUUGAAGCCUGUGGCUGAGCAAAACUUCGA